AUGUCCAAUCCUAAUCCUCCUGCUGGUUGUCCUAUGCAUGUAGAACCACCUGCUGACGCACCUAGCUGUCCCAUGCCUAAGAAAGAAGAGUCACCUAGUUGCCCCAUGCCUAAAAAGGAAGAAAAACCCACUAUUCCUCCUGGCUGCCCUAUGCACAAGGCCGAAAAGGAUGAAUUAAACAAGCUCAAUAUGAUCCCUAACUUGAGCCAAGCACCACAACAAGAUCAAAAAAUUCAACUGCCCACAGAACGAGUGAUUUCCUCUAUUCCUAAAAGUAAAGAUGAUUCUGCCAAAUGGGAAUACCCUAGUCCUCAACAAUUUUACAAUGCUUUAAGAAGAAAGGGCUGGGAAACUCCCGAAGAAGAAAUCGAGACAAUGGUAGAUAUUCAUAACUUUUUGAACGAGGAGGCAUGGCAAGAAGUGCUUCGUUGGGAAGCUAAAUACAAUGAUUGUGUCGAAGAUCCUUACUUGUCAAAAUUCCAGGGUAGACCCAAGGAAAUGACUCCUAAGGCCAAAUGGCAUACAUUCUUUGGUGCACCCAAGCCCUUCGAUAGACAUGAUUGGUACAUUAGUCGUUGUGGUCAAUCGAGACGAUAUGUGAUUGAUUACUACGAAGCACCUGAAGAUGUUCCCGGUGUUCCCGUCUUCCACUUGGAUGUCCGCCCCGCUUUAGACGAUGCCGAAAGCAUCAUGGUUCGAUUCAAGGAAGCCGCCAAGACAAAAUGGGAACAAUGGUUCCCUUUAUCUACACCUGAACCAUCUUCAUGAUUACACAUAUGCAUUUUCUUUUUAUUUAUUCCCUUUUGUUCUGAUUGUAAGCACGUAUUUUACUGAUUAAAGAUCUUCCUUUUUUAAACGUAUCAUAAUCUCGAAUGACUCUGGAUUGAGGACCCAUAGAAC